CACGGCUAGUGACGUCAGACUGAACAAUCGGAUUGAAAUCCUGCAGCAAGACCUUAAGAGAAUUAUGUAUAAACAAAUGUCCACAAACCUCAGUGAACUGAAGCAAUGUUGUACACAACAGUGGACCAAAAUUAGCUAACUAGCUAUAGUCAUGUGACCUUUGAUGUGACCCGAUAAUGAAGUGAGAGACUGAUAAAGUCAUACUGAAAAUUAUUAUUUUAAGUCAUUAAAGGGUUCUGUGAAAACUUUCUUUUCCAUAUGACUGACAAAAAGUGGGAUAAUUCAUACCAACAUACCUAGUCAACAUGGAAAAGCUCCCAAAUGUGCCUGUCGAGUAGCCUCCUGUUUUCAUGUUUUUAUAUCAGUUUAGUUCUCGGGACAUUGCAACAAAAGAAACUUAUCUCAUAUUCAUAACAUGAGGUGAUGACUGAUAACCAAUGUUUUUAACAACUAGCAUUAUAAAAAUGGCAUCUCAAGAUUGGGAUAUGCGUAAAAGUUUAACAUUUUGGCCUUACAAAGGUGUCACUGACUGGGUUUUGGAUGCUUUUGAAAAGAUGCACGUUAGGUCUUCAGACUGUUACACUCUGAUUUAACUUCAGAUUAGAUAAUGAGGUAAUUGUGUCACUUGAUUUAACAAGAGACCAAUCUAACACAUAAACUCAUUUACAGAGAUCUCAUUCAGCACACAGUAACGAGCUGACAGUAGUUAAAAUAACGGGACUUUUUUCUAAUGUUGUUUGCUUGAGUAAUGAAACUUCAUUGGCCCACUUGCUGAAUCCCUGUAGAAUUCUCGAUAAAAGCUGAUCCCCUAAGCAAACAGCUUAUCUUACCUUUAGCAUUGUUUGUUUUCGGGUAAAUCUGAUUGUUCGCUGAGUGAAUGGAACAGUUUGGUUAAAAAUAGGUGGACCUAUUUUUUGCAGCGUUAUGGCGCCGCCUCCGUUCUAUGCGUAAAGACGCCUUAAGAAGUGGCAAAGCAACUGAUAAUCUAGACAGGAGACGCAUGAGCACGGCUAUUCGUUGAUGGCAAAGAGAUAGACGAAACCUGAGCUUGUUUUCCUCCCGACGUUUUUUCCUUCUUUAUUUCUUUUUUUAAUAUUAAAUUUCCUUCGUGUAGUUUUUCCUUCACGCGAUCUAAUCGCAAACAAGUUUUUAGCUUGUGGUGAAAUGGUUCGUAUCUCCGGGAGUCGGAGUUUAUUAAUGGGAUUUCUUUCACUCCUGCAUCACCCGAGGACAGCUGGACAGUGAGCCGGAGGGCGUCUGGAGGCUGGAUGGACAACAUGUCUCCACAGCAGCAACAGGACAGCCUCAGCCGAGGCGGCGCGCAGCAGGAACACAAACGGCGCACAAAGUCUCAGAGUUACCGGCGUCAGUCCGCCCCAUCUCUGGUCAUCACCAAGGCUCUGACCAGGUCCAAGACUCUCUCCAGGAUUUCCUGCGCAGCAUCCCGGGCAGCUUGUUGAGCUGUGAGCUCCAUGAAGACUGGAUGGAGGUGCUGGAAGAAGAGGAGGAGGAGGAGGAGCAGGUGCAAGAUGUACAGAGGAUGAUUUGCCGGCUGCCCAAAGAGAACGCACUCCUGCUACGCUACCUGCUGGCUGUUCUUCAUGGUAUCCAAGGCAAUGCCCAGGAGAACCAAAUGACUACUUUUAAUCUGUCAGUGUGCAUUGCUCCCAGCAUGCUCUGGCCACCUGGAGUGCCGUGUAGCCCUGAGGUGGAGGGAGAAGGAACCAAGAAGGUUUGUGAGUUGGUGAAGUUCAUGAUUGAACACUGUCAGGAGAUUCUCAGAGAGGAUCCCUCCUCCCUGUUCGGAGGGCCUCCACAGAGACUCAACAGUGAGGAGAUGGGAACAGAAUCCUGGAUUUACCCUCUGACCGAUUCAUCCUAUGACAGUCUCGAGAAUGAGUUAGACAACAGCAGUGGUGGCUCACCAGGCCUUUGCAACAGAAGGUGCCUCCAGCCUAAACCCCUCCAAGGGAGCUUGGACUCCAUCCUCACAUUCAGUGAUUACGACCAGGAUACUGCACCAGAACCAGGUCUCAAUCCACUGGGAAGACACAGAAGACAGGAACUAGACCUCUCCAGCCCCAGGCAGGAUGCACCAACUGUGGACACCUCUUCCACCCUGGAGUCGCUGUCCCUAGAGGGUCGGAACAUGCAGAGGCGGCGUUCAGAGCCAGCUAUAGCAUAUGUGGCCAAGUUUCGGCCAUGCGCAUCAGCCAGCACAGAUGGUGUCACUGGUGAGGAUGAAGACGGUGAGGAAGAGCUUUCCAAGGAGCCUAGCAACCACACAGUCACCAGAAUGCACUCCAGAGUUCAAAAUAGGAGGUAUGGAGGUGAGUCUGGGUUGGAAGCCAGCUCCUCCAGCCUCUCAUCCACCCCCACCUCCCCUGCACCAACCCGCUCCUCCCCUGAUUCUCUAGACUCCCUAAGUGGUGACCAGACCUGGGCAACCAGAAGGGGCCUUUACCCAAAAAAGACGUAUCUGCCAUCCAACUCCUCCUCUGGAUCUCUUUCCACCUCUGUCCCUUCUACACCCCUCACCAUCAGCUCUGUACUGGCCUCCACUGAACAUGCAGAGCAGGAGAUUUGCCCCAAAAAUUCCCCACCCAAAGAACCCGUCAGCUGGGGGACAUUAAUGGGCUGUAGGGGUCUCCACCCAAAUUCAUGGCUGAAGAAAGACCGGAGACUUUCACUCACCCAACAAGACAACUUGGAGAAGCAAGAAGAGGACAAGACUGCAGUAAGUGAAGCAGUGGGAGGGCCUUCUGAUAAGUCGCUCACACCUGGGAAACCAGAAAAAGGAAAAGCAGGUGAGAAAGGAGCUGCAAACCUGAUCUCAGGCAGCCAAACCAAACCCAGAACAUCCUGUAGACCUCCCAAAGAUGCAGGUGGAGCAGGAGGGAGCCAUGUGAAGGGAAAAGCAGGGCUCCUCAAGCAGGACUCCUCCAGUCCCCCUUCACACUAUCACUCUACAGGAAACCUCCAGUUCCCUAAAUCUGCCUGGUUCCAUUCCCCAGAGGCCCCAAUAACUUUAAGACAGAAAAAUCCCAGGAGUGAUACCAGCGCCCAGAAGUGUGCUGUGCAAAGUGAUGAGACUGAACAGAAGCAGCCAUUGCCGUCUGUGUUUUACAAGCACGGGGGGCCAUCACUGUCCCUAUUCAAGCGACCCAAGUCUCAAUCCACAGAGCAGGACCACAACGCCCGGCUAUAUCAGCGCCGCGGCUCCGAACCGGGACGUCAAGUUGUGGACCGAGCCGCCACCUUCACCCGGGCAAGGUUGCCCAGUGACCCGGGGUUGAAAGUGUCCGGGGUGGAUUCACAAGGAGGCACAUCAGAGGCCCGUUACUGCCUCUCCCCCUGUGCCACCAAAGCAGUGCGGGACUACUUCUCCUCUCACCCCCAAAGCAAUCCCCAGAGCAGCCACCAGGUGGCGCUUGCCCUGGUGGAGAGCCGCAGGGAGUGGGUGAAGAGAUGCAGCGAUCCCACAGCAGAGCCAGACUUUGACCAGCUCCUGUUUGCUGAGGAAUCCUACGUUUGAUGAGUUGGUGAAAACAAACUGAAGUACAGCAUCGCUCCAACAAGUGGAACAAACAGAGCAUUUCAGUUUCAGCACAGUGGUCGUAUCAUAACCUUAAAAUGAACUCCGUCAUCACACACUAAGGCUUUGGUGUCACUGGGAGCAUUUUGCUAUCUGGAACACCACAUGAAAUGUAAUCUGUUGGCUAAGGUGGACAUGGAGCAAAAAGUAAAAGUGUGUUUGAGUUUAUGCUUAGUGCUUAAUGCCAAUAAAGUAAAGUGAAUCUCCCCCUAACCCUUUGCUUAAAUGUCCUAAAGGCUGGGUUUACACAUGCAAAAAGUGUUCUAAUGUAUAACCAAUAAGCUCAAAUAACAUUCAUUCUGAUCAAAGCAGAAAAAUUUGUCUUGAUUUUUUUUUUUUUUUCCAAUGUACAUCAGGCCAAAGUUAAAACCUGCCAAUCUAAAACACACCUGGCAUUGCCUUCUUCAUAAUGAACAAAGACUCACUCAGAGAAAUGCCUUCUGGUUAACUGCAGCUCAGAAAAACUGUGUUGUUUUGGUUCAAGUCCCACCCAAGCAGGCUAAACAGAUUAUGGGCAACAUGCAGUGUUUGGUAUCACAUGUUACUUCAACCACAGUUUUGCAGAAAGCAGGUGGUACAAUCAUGAUUUAUUGAAAUUAAUAGUCAUAUUAUAAAUAGUGUAAAUGCAGCCUGGGUACACACUGUGACUUUGCCUCUACGUUUUAAUAGUCUGGUUCUGAACUACAGCUCAGUCUGUGUGUUGAUCGGUAGUUUGGCUUCAGCUCAGUUGUUUACAAUACUCAGAAGUAUCGUAAAUGUGUAGGUAGACUAGUUUGUGACAUGUUGUUGGAAAGGUAUAAAAGCAUGACAUCAUUCAGUAUAUUUAAACAAACCGUACGUGUAUAUCCUGUAUAUGUGAAGAAUGCUCCCCAGAAAUCAAGCAUUGCUCGGGAUCAUGUCGACUGUUAGCAGCUUAACUAUUUUCCAGCGUUAAUGCUUUUUAGUGAACAGAUUUAGUGUUUGGAUAAAUAUUAACAUGGAGACGUUUCUGAUUACAGUCAGCUGAGCAGUUCAUGUCAAAUGCUUCUUGGCAUUAACACUCACAUCAGCCUGCUGUGAUACUGAUGACUGCAGCAGCAACAUUUAGAGCUUCUUUUGUUUUUGUUGCCAACAAUGCUGUUCACAUAAGCCUGUACUGAUUGAAAUUAAUCAUAUGUUUUAUGAGCUUUACAUCUUAUGCAGCUUAAAACACCGAAACAGGCCACAGGACUGUUGCUUCCUAAUAUUGUCUACUGCCUCCUUGUUAUAUAUGUACAUGUAUUUAUACGCUGUCACUAUACUUUUGCAUAUGCAAAUAAAAUGAGCUGAAAUUAA